AUGCCUACCGUCUCCGUGAACAAGCAGCAAUUAUUUGAUCUUCUAGGCAAAAACUACACCUCCCAAGAGUUCGACGAAUUAUGUUUUGAAUUCGGUAUGGAAAUGGACGAGGAUACCACAGAAGAGGCCUUGAAAACUGGGGAAGAGCCGGAAUUGAAGCUUGACAUUAGUGCCAACCGUUACGAUUUACUUUGUAUCGAAGGUAUUUCGCAGUCAUUGAACGAAUACUUGGAACGUAAAGAAAGACCUGACUAUAAACUAAGUAAGCCAUCCACUAAAUUGAUCAUUGACAAAUCAACGGAACAAAUUAGACCUUUUGCUACGGCUGCCGUGUUGAGAAAUAUCAAGCUUAAUGAAAAAUCGUACGCUUCUUUUAUUGCCUUGCAAGAUAAACUACAUGCCAAUCUUUGUAGAAACAGAAGUUUGGUUGCCAUGGGUACUCAUGAUUUGGAUUCCAUUGAAGGUCCAUUCCAUUACAGAGCCCUACCACCAAAGGACAUCAAGUUCGUACCAUUGAAUCAAGCCCAGGAGUUUACCGGUGACAAAUUGAUCGAGUUUUAUAAAUCUCCAGAACAGAAAAACAACAUAGGAAAAUACGUUCACAUUAUUGAGGAUUCCCCAGUCUUCCCAGUCAUUAUGGACAGCAAAGACCGUGUUUGCUCCUUGCCACCAUUGAUCAAUAGUGAACAUUCAAAGAUCUCUGUGGACACCCGCAACAUUUUGAUUGAUAUUACCGCAACCGAUAAGACGAAAGCUGAAAUUGUUUUGAAUAUAUUAACUACGAUGUUUUCACGUUAUUGUGACGAACCAUUCACAGUCGAACCUGUAGAAAUUGUCUCUGAACACAACGGGCAAUCGCGCUUGGCGCCAAACUUCAACAAUAGAAUUAUGGAUGUCUCCAUUAAGUACAUCAACUCCUGUCUUGGCCUAGAUCAAUCCGCCGAUGAAAUCGCUCAUUGUUUAAAGAAGAUGUCGUUACACGCCGUUCAAGCAAAGGAGGACAAGGACAUCUUACACGUUGACAUUCCGGUAACUAGACCAGACAUUUUACACGCCUGUGAUAUAAUGGAAGAUGCCGCUGUCGGUUAUGGUUUCAACAAUUUGCCAAAGGGUGAAAAACUGUCCAACGCCAACUUCAUCGCGAAACCAUUACCAAUCAACAAGGUUUCUGACAUUUUCAGAAUUGCAUCCUCUCAAGCCACAUGGGUCGAAGUUCUACCAUUGACCUUAUGUUCACACGAUGAAAACUUUAAAUUUUUAAGACAAUCUGACAACAAUGAUUUAGCUGUCAAAUUGGCCAACCCAAAAACUUUGGAAUACCAAGUUGUUAGAACCACUUUAUUGCCAGGUAUUCUGAAAACUGUCAAGGAAAACAGAAAGCAUUCCUUACCAAUAAAAGUCUUUGAAACUGGUGAUGUUGUCUUCAAAGACGAAAAACUAGAAAGGAAGGCUUACAAUGAACGUCACUGGGCUGCAAUUUACGUAGGUAAAAAUUCUGGAUUUGAAAUUAUUCAAGGAUUAUUGGGUAAAAUCAUGCAAACUUUUAGAACAGAGUGGAUUGCUGACUACGGUGCUGCCGCUUCUGGCAGAGGCUACUGGAUUGAAGAAGACGAUUCUGUGAAAACCUACUUCCCAGGUAGAGGCGCCAAGGUUAUGUUCAGAUCCAAAGAAGGUGCUGAGCCAAAGCAAAUUGGUCACUUGGGUGUCUUGCAUCCUGAAGUCAUGAUGAAUUUCGACGUUCCAUUCGCUGCAUCCUUCGUAGAGGUUAAUGCCGAAGUCUUCCUAUAA